GAGACAUGAAGGUUUGGAGGAAGAAGAGGUCGUUGCCAGCUAAAGGAGAGAGAAGUAAACAGAGAAUGGCGGAGUCUGGCUAUGACGUAGUCCAAGACUGACAACACAUCUGUGUCUCUCGACACUCAAGAGAGUUGAGAUAUAUCAUUGCGGUGAUACGAGGAAUUGGUCUCAUGUUCAGGUCUAUGCAACAAGCUAAUACUAACAUGGUGGGGCAGCAAUUCGAUGCUACCAUCGUACACCAACAAUUGAUCGUCAAUAUCUGAAAUCUGUCGACGUUAUUGCACAUUUCUGAUCAAGAUAUGACUGACAAAAGAAAAGCAAACAUGACCGACGCAUCACCAUAUCUAAGCUCCCUCCAACGCGACGGCUUCGUCGUAAUUCCAUCUCUCCUAUCCAGCCCCGAAAUCACCACUCUCCGCGACGCAGCAACAAAAGCCACAACUCUCACAAGAACUGGACAAUGGCCAUAUUUUCGUACAGUCCCUAAACAAUUUCCGCCAUGGCCUAAGGAUGUCCCUCCUGCAUCUGAGGGAGGAAUAUGGGGUGUGCAACAUUUAUUACAUCCGGAUAUGCCUGGUCGUCGGGAGUUUGCAAAAUUCUAUUUUUCGGAAAAGGUGCUUGGGAUAGUUGAGGAGUUGUUGGGGUUGAAGGCGACGAAUAAUAUCCAGAAAGGAUCAGGGGAAGAAGAAGAACCGCUAGUAAUGGAACUUCUCAACCUUCUCGUUGCUCCCGAAACAAGAGAUUUUGAACUCCGAUGGCAUCGUGACGAUAUCCCACCUACAGUCACCCCGGAAGAAGAAUUGCAACUCCUCAAAUCAAAAAGUCCUCAGGGCCGACAGUCACAUGCCCAAUACAAUCUGGCCCUAUGUCCCGACACAUCCUUGAUAGUCAUCCCGGGCUCUCAUCGACGCGUACGAACAGAGACAGAGCGGAAUGCUGACCCAUAUGAAGCCGAAUUACCAGGUCAAUUAACCGUGAGACUUGAACCAGGUGAUGCAGUAUUUUACGAUUCAAAUAUUUUACAUAGAGGUGUAUAUAAACCCAAACCCGAAGGCGGAGAAGAGACCAGACUUACCUUACAUGGAAGUGUUGGUUUGAACCAGACCUCAAUUACAAAAGAUGGAGACACGGAAGCUGCUGCUGAUAAAGCCAAAGUUAGAGCUACUGCUGUCUUGCAGCAUGGUGUGGGCAUAUGGAUUGAUAGAGAUGAUGCGGAUUUGUCGUAUACAAGUGACCGGGCGGAGAGGAUGAGGAGGAAUUUGAUUGCGAUGGGUAGGGGAGAGAAUGUAGGAUUUUCUCUAGAGGGAUAAUAUCUUGAUCCUGAUAUAAUAGCAUAUAUUAAAAAUGUAUAUACAUCUAUCCCUCCCCCGACGAACGAUAUUGAUCUGUAGGAGGCAGAUUCCCAUCAACUCCCAGGACACAAUCAACAUGUACAUACGACACGGAAUCCAUAUUCACCGGAAUCAUUGACGACGCCGAGUCCGGAGAUUGCGAAUCUGACGUGGUCGUAAUCGUGCUCGCUGCCAUGACCGUUCCCCCAUCAUUGCUAUUGUUGCUGUUGCUGUUACUAUAGCUAUAUCUGCUACUCCCACUCCUCAACAAUGACCGAAUAGAGACAAUCGCAUCUUCAGGCGACAAACUAUUCCGCACAAUAUCAAUAAUUGAAGGAACCCAGUAUUCGUCACAGUCGCACACAAUUUUGUAGAUUGUUUCGAGUUGUUCUUGUUUUCCGCGCCAAAAGUCGGGUUGGCGGUGUUGUUGGAGUUGGUGCAUGCCGUAUUGCAG